ACCCCGCUGGACAUUAAUCCGUCGAUGGGUAAAGAGAGUAGUGUUCCAUUGGCGUUUUCAGAUGCCAAUUGGGGCAUGCAGACCAGGUCUUACAUCAUGUCUAUCAGCCACUUGCUAGACUCGGUUGUUUACCAAAACUCGGAGCUCGCACAGAACCUUGCCAUGAAGAGGCAG